AUGAAAAUGAGGACUCGGUUGCAGUCGGACGCGUCCAUGACGUCGUGGUCCCCAUGUUCGACGCGUUCGCUGUCGCCCGCCAGAUCGCCGGUGUCGCUGCGGGGAUCCUGGGCCUACGAUGUCGUCUGUUUGCCAGCUCAUUUAGAAAGGAACGUCAAAAUCAAUAAGGGAGCGUUGACGUUAGGUUUUGUGCUCGAUGCUAACAAAGACAAGGGAGUGAAUGGAGCAGUGGUGAAGAGUAUUUGUAGCAAGAAAGCUAUUGGUGUGGACGGAAGGAUACAGGUUGGUGACUAUAUUGUGCGAAUCAACCAAGAAAAUCUACGGAAUGCGACAUCAUCGCAAGUCAGAGCAAUCCUCCGGCGCACCAAUUUGAUUGGUACUCAGUGCAACGUCACCUACAUCACUGCAGCUGAUGCGAGGGUUUGGAAAGAACGAUUUUAUCGCGAGAACGAGACCGAGUCCCCAGUUGUCAACCGCUUAUCACCCAAAGUAUUUCCUAAAUUCUAUCGAAGUCCUUACGUGUCGCGGAAGGAAUCCUUACGAGAUACGGACGACAUUGAACCGCUUUCUGAUAUGUCAGAAAUUGCCAAUGUUCAGUCGCCGUCCGAGAUAUUCAAGAUAGAAAUGAAAGAAACGAAAGAUCAUAACAAAACACCUCUAGACCCAAGUGUCCUGGACAGUUUCGUGCUUCAGAUUAUUCAGGUACAAUAA